AUGGUGGCGAGCGAGACGCAGGGCGAGGCGCACGCUGCGCUCCUCGCUUUCCUCGCAGCAAUCAAGGAGCAGCCGGACCUCCUCCACUUUUACCUGACUGAGCUGCUCCCCGACGUCGCAGCCUCCUUUAAGACGGGCGGCGCUGCCAGCUGCGACCGGCUCGGCGCCAUCAAGCUGCUCCUGCUCGCGUGCACGCUCAGCUCAGCUGAGGCGGCGCCGGCGCUCUUCUCCCUCACGCUGCCGCUCCUCAUCCACGGCAUGAGCGUCGCCGCGGACGGGCCGCCCUCAAAGGUGGGCGCGGAGCUGUCGGCGGUGGCGCACGCCGCCCUCACGGCGCUCGCCAGCCGGUCGGCGGACGCAUUCCGCGCUUCUGUCGCAAAUUUCUCCACCGAGACGCGGUCGCGGAUGGAGGUUGCCAUCCGGGAGGAGCAGGCGAAGAAGCAACGCGCGGUGGCCGCGUCGCCCGGUGCCGCUGUCACCGCCGCCAAGCCCAAGAUUGCGCUCAAGAUGGACUUUGGCAGCUUCUCCGCCAAGGCGUAGGCGGGUGAGGCGUGAAGGUUGCAGCCCCGGUGCGACAGCAUCCGACUGCUGCGGCCCUGAGUGUGCGUGUGUGAGUGUGUGCGCGAUGCUGCUGAACUGCUCUCUUUCGUCUUUGCACUCUGGGCGGAUCCUACAUGCUACAUCUCAUAGGGGUACCUCGUAGGGGGCUUCGUCCCCGGGAGCGGGACCCGGAGAGCUCUCUAGUUUUUGUGUGUCGGUAGAAGCGUAGAACAUAUGUCUU